CACAGAGAGAGCAAAGACAGACAUAUAGAAGAGAUGUUGAGAAAUCAAAACAGGAAAUCGAGCAACGUCUGAUGAGAGAAGGACGAGACGGUAGGACUUGGAUACAAACAAGUGACAAAAGAGAGAGCAGAGUGAGAGAAAGUCAGACGGCGGGACAGAGAAAGUGAAUAGCAUCAGAGAGGGAGGAGGGAGGGGAUGGCAUGCGUGUUGGCUGAUGCUCUGCCGUUCUGCUUUUUGAUGUGACGCAGCUUCAAGUUGGAAGAGAGAGCGCACGUGGAGGGACCUGGGCGCUCGAUGGCAACGUUUUGGAUGCUGACACACGAGGCCAGAUGUCGCGUCUGAGUGGAAACGCGCCAACAGCCCACAGAGAGAUGAAUCACUCUUGAUCAAAUGAUGCGUUUCCAUUGGCAAGAUUGGAGGAAUAAAACUGCUCAAUCCUAAGAUACCUGCUUUCACCUAUCCCAGCAUGCACAGGGCAAGACAGUGGGCACUGGGAUUGAGUGCGGUCUGAAAUACCAACAGUUUAUCAGCGCUGGACACACACUCUACCUUCACUGAAAGAAGCGUGGACCCCCGCCCUCCUCGCCAUAACAGACAGCAUGGACGCUCGAAUACGUCCGUCACCAGACUACAAGCAGAUUCCCUGAUAAAAGCUUCCUGCUGGCUCACAGGGCUCCUCGUGUUAACAGUAAACAGUAUAACAGCCCCCGGUUUAAGAUGAGCUACAACCACAGCUGUGAAAGCAGUGUAGACCUCCGCACCUACCAGCACUACGUGUAUGCAGUGGUGUACAGUGUGAUCCUAGCGCCGGGCCUGCUGGGUAAUGUGCUGGCGAUCUGGGUGUUCAGGGUCUAUGUCAGAGAAACCAAGAAGGCAGUGGUGUUCAUGAUGAACCUGGCUGUGGCCGACCUGCUGCAGGUGCUCUCCCUGCCUCUGCGGAUCUACUAUUACCUGUACAACAACUGGCCCUUUGGUCAUUCGCUCUGCAUGAUCUGCUUCUAUCUCAAGUAUGUCAACAUGUACGCGUCCAUCUACUUCCUGGUGUGCGUCAGCAUGCGCCGCUGUGAGCUCAUCAUGCGCCCGCUGAGGUACAGCUCAUCCAGGCGAAAACGAGACUUGUUAAUCUGUGCCCUGGGCUGGCUGCUGGUCUUCCUGGGCUGCCUGCCCUUCCCUCUGCUGAGGAACCCCAGCAGCGAUCUAAACUCUAACUCCAGUGACCGGCGCCUCGGCUCGGAGGCCAGCGCCCACCUCACUGUGCCUGACUCAGUGUGUUUCUCAGAGCUGCCCAUGAGGACCGUCAGCAUUCCCGCAGCCGGGGUCCUCCUCAUCAUAGCCGAGCUGUUGGGCUUCAUCAUCCCCCUCAUCCUGGUGUUAGCCUGCACCUGUCUGACUGCCGGGAGCCUCCGGGAAAAGACGGCAGGCGCAAUUCCUGACCGAGGGGAGAAGAGGAGGGCGUUAAGGAUGGUGCUAAGCUGUGCUGUGGUCUUCCUGGUGUGCUUUGUUCCUUACCAUGUCACAAUGCCCCUGGACUUUCUGGUAAAAGCAAACGUCGUAAGCAGCUGCGCCCUGAGGGACCUGAUUCUGCGAUGCCACCCCGUCACGCUCUGCCUGGCCAGCCUGAACUGCAGCCUGGACCCACUCAUGUACUAUUUCACAACUGAUGAAUUCUGGAGGCGACUGAGCAAGCCGGAGAUACCAGAGAGCAUAACUUUCAGCAGGCGCCUGUCCUGUAUAGCCGGAGGGGAAGACUUAGAGGACGACUAGACUACAAGUGAGCUGUUCCUGUCAUAAAGGAUGACCAUCAGCCAUCAUCGCUAAUCAGGAUCAGGAAAUACAGAGUACAGGCAAGGCCAUAAACCCGCCAACAGAGCUAGCAGCUUGCAGAGGAUCAUAAAGGGGUUAGUGCUGGCUUUCCAAAGCUUUCGUCGGCGCUGUAAUAAUAAGCAAACAGUCAAACUAUUCAGUAGGUAAAGAAAUGCAACUUUAUUCAGCAACAAAGUGAAGUUCAUUUCAAUAGCUGCGGACAACAUUGU